AAGGACACCAAAAGGCUUACCAAAGCUCACAGGACAUCUAGGACAUCUCUGCUUUGAUCUAGAAGCUAAAACCUUUUGACUUGAUACCAAAAUGGCAAGUCUGCUCUUCAUCCUGCUGCUGGCAGUGGUUGCUGAUACAGCUCCCAGGUGUGACCUCAAACUGCUCAGGGAUUGCGCUGAUGUCUCCAAAACCGUCUCAAAGGCCAGCGGCGUGUACACCAUCUACCCCUCAAUUAAGCCAGCACAGGUCUACUGUGACAUGGCCACUGACAAAGGCAGGUGGACCGUCUUUCAGAGAAGAGUGGAUGGCAGCACCAACUUCUACAGAGGUUGGAGUCAGUACAAAGCUGGCUUUGGAAGUGCCAAUGGAGAGUACUGGUUGGGACUGGACAACUUGCACUACCUCACCAACUUGAGAAAGCACGAGCUGAGAGUGGACAUGGAGGACUUUACAGGAAGCAAGGUGUUUGCGUUUUACUCGUCCUUCUCUGUGGGCCCAGAGUCUAAUGGCUACAAGCUGACUGUCACAGGUUUCAAGAACGGAGGAGCGGGAAACUCGCUCUCCCACCACAACGGUUUCAAAUUCUCUACAUUUGACAAAGACCAAGAUGCAUCGUCUACUAACUGUGCUGUUUCCUAUUAUGGUGCAUUUUGGUACAAUAACUGCCAUCAAGCUAACCCUAAUGGGGAAUAUCUGUGGGGUAAGACGAUUCAUUUUGCAACCAGCAUUAACUGGAGUAGCUGGAAGGGUUAUAAAUACUCCUUGAAGGCUAUCUCCAUGAAGAUCAGACCAGUGUCUUAGACUGGAGAUGUUCAGUGGGGUUUUUCCCACCUGUGUAGCAGUGGCUAGGCUCUUGUCUGUUUACUUCUAACUGAAUGAAGCCAAGAGAGAGGUUAACAAGCCAUUGUCUACUGUAACUGUUUGUGGUUAUCAUGCUUACCUGAUUUUUACUCGAAUCUGUGGCAUAUUGAGGUGUUUCUCGUUUCUCUAAUCAGUUUCUUGUUGUUGUGAUAAUGUGAAAACCUAUAAUAAACUGGAUUUGAUAGGAAUCGUGGGUGUGGGGGACAACGUAUAUUGGUCUGACUGAUAUGCAGUAUUUUAAUUUGAUUAUUUUCAAUAAAUUUGCUCUUCAAAUAAAAAGAUUUUAGCAA